AUGCACCCUCCAAUUCCGAGCAUCCCAGCUGAAAUCGCCUCCAAGGGCCGUCCCCGACGCCGCAGCUCGCUUCCCUCCAUUGGGUUCGAUGCUCCUAAGAAACGGUCUCCCAACUAUAUCCGAACGCAGACAGCAUCGCCUGAAGUAAUCUCUAAUCUGAUCGAUUCCCUCUCCGCCAUCUCCUCCUCGACCCAUAACCAUUUCGAGAGUCUACUGCCUCCUCAAAGCGCGUCCACCCCUAAUAGCCCUCUAUACGGACACUUUGCCCGCGACACGCUGACCGUGCCCGAUGCCGACGACUUCGAUUCUUCAUCCUACCACAAUUCCAUCAAGAGCGAAACAUUCGAAUAUCCCGACGAUGCCUGCGAGCCCCCGGUCAUCCGAACCUCAAAACCGCCGUCCGGCUUAUCUCCCAUAACUGCACCCAAGAAGAAGGACAAGGAGCAUUCGCUGAAGAGUUACAUGAGCAGAGGUGGGGGUAGUUCUGCUUCAAUACACUCAUGUCACUCUACACGCUCGGUGAGCAGCUUCGGCAACAUCAGUAUCGAAGCUGGUUUGCCCCCAGCAAGGAAAGUGUCCGAGGGUAGUGAGCGCACAUCGAGCGAGAGCAAGAGAAGCGCACGGGGCCACAGGAGUUUGAUGUAUAUGAGCUCUAGAGAGCGUUUGCGGUCCAAAGAUGCAGAGCGCAAACGCGCGACCAUCCAGGGUCCCGAAUUAUCGUCAGAGCAUGGCCGAAAACCCACCCCUCAACUCUUCGUUUCUGAGGACAUAAUUAAAGAGGAGCCUACCAUUGCAGAGUCCUCAAAGGCUGCGCAACACCCUCCGAAAAGAAAUGAGAGUCCGCUGCGCAACGGCUUCAAUGCAGCUGAUGGCGAAAAAUCUGUGGAAAAGGGAUUCAUUCCCUUGCGGGGAUCAUCCCUCAGGCAUUCGGGCAGCCCGUCGCGUAAAUCUAAGAAGAAAGAGGACGAGAGCGUCCAACAGGAGAAGGCCAAAGAGGUGAAAGCUGAGGUGAAAGCUGAGGUGAAUGCUGAGGCGACAGCGGAAGUGUCGAUAAAGGAAAAAAUCUUAAAAGAGUUGGAAGAGGAAGAGAGCGAGGUCGCACAUCGGAUUCGCGAAUUGAAGAAGCAGAAGCAGCUGAGGGACAGAAUAGCCGGCAAGUUACCUGUUGGGGUUGAUGCAGGGGCAUCUGCAGGCGACUUGCAUGUUUCACCUCUCCCAACUGCUGAACCUUCCCCAACCUCAACUGUGUCAACCAUGUCGGAAAAGCGAGUGCAAGACCCUGCGAAGGCACACAAAGUCCUGGGGAUUGCUGCGGCGCCCCCUCCACUGGAGAGGAGGGCAUCUCAGUCGCAGGUGUCGCGUGAAAGUCGCGAAACGCAUAAUAAAGGACACAACCGAAUAAGGAGCUUGACCGUUAAUGACGGUGACGAUAUUACCCCUCUCCCGAUCAACUACAAGCUCGCGCUGCAGACCUUGGACAGGCCACCAUCCCCACCGUUGAGCAGCUCAGCUUCGAGUCGAGGUACAGCCUCCACCAGCUCGCCGCCCUCUCGUUCAAAGUCUCUCGUAGUAGGUGGAAGAUCCGCCGUGAGCCGGAAGUCCACCCAAUCGAUGAUCAUGGGUGCGCCCACGAUACACAAGCAUUCGCACAAACAUUCCGCAAGUAUCACGAGUGGCGGCGCAAGUGAGAGGUCGCUUCGCGCAGCGAGCGAAGAAAUAACCCCGCGACACCGCUCUCUCCAGAUGUCUUCUCCUCCUCCACCUCCAGCAUCCCUUUCGAAUCGACCAGGACUCAAGAAGAAGCGUUGGUCUCAUCCUGAUCUACCAGCCAAAGCAGAGAAGGCACACAAUGACCGAGUAGAGGCGAGGAAGACAAUGGCCGUGCAAUCGCCUCCCCACCCUGUCAUUGAAGAACGACCGGCUAGCGUAGAUUCGAUCGCGGACGAUGUCCAGGCAUAUCUCGACUCUCCGCGCCUCUCGCAGAAGAUUCGGCAUCCUCAGAAUGGGCGCGUCAUCUCUUUCUCGGAAGUUGGUGAUCCCCAGGGUUUCGCUGUUUUCGUCUGCGUGGGAAUGGGGUUGACAAGAUAUGUGAUGGCGUUCUAUGACCAACUGGCUUUGACAUUGAAGCUGAGGUUGAUUACACCGGAUCGUCCAGGUAUUGGAGGAAGCCAGGUGGAUCCCAACGGCACACCGUUGAGCUGGCCAGAUGAUGUCCUCGUUAUUUGCCAACACUUGCGAAUCACCAAAUUCUCCCUCCUCGCACAUUCAGCAGGCGCGGUAUAUGCGCUUGCAACAUCCCUGCGUAUGCCGCAGCACAUACGCGGAAGAGUACACCUUCUAGCACCCUGGAUUCCUCCGUCUCAAAUGGCUCCCAUUGGAGUCAGUCAGGACCAGCCACCGACUCAACAACUUCCGAGAUCUCAGCGUUUCCUCCGCGCACUGCCUCCUUCACUCCUCAAGGUAGCCAACUCAACAUUCCUCAGCUCGACUAGCGCGAGCUUGCAGCGAACGGGGCCUAAGAAUUCACCGAAGACGAAACGAAAGAGUAUGAAUCCUCAAGUAUCGCCACAGCAACUUCAGAGACCACCGAUCAAGGAUACCCGACGAGAAUCGAUUAUGCUCAUGGACCAGGUUUUGCCAAAUACUAGCUCGCUCACCGUUGCCGCAUCGAACCCAGGGGACCCCAACCACGAACAGGCGAAGCAGAUGCAGGAAGCAUUGACAGCCGCCGAGCGACAGCGACAGAACGAAUUCGAUGAGCGAUUGACCUUCACCAUUUGGGACCGCGCGACAGCCAAGGCCAAUCCAGCCACAGAUCUCAUGGUCUGUCUGGAAACGAAGCAACCGAUCGGAUUCCGUUACGAGGAUAUCAACAGGCCUGUUGUUAUUCAUCAUGGCAGCAAAGACUCCCGUGUCCCCGUGGAGAAUGUGAGAUGGCUCGGAAAGCUGAUGCGCCGGUGCGAGGUCAGGAUCCUGGAAGGCGAGCAGCACGGUCUGAUGGCCAGCGCACAGGUCAUGGGCAACGUGCUCACCGAGAUGGCCAGCGACUGGGAGGACUGGACGGCGAUUGUCGAAGGGAAAGCGAACGGCGGCGAGCGAAGUGUUUCGCGGAAACGCACCCUGGAACGCCUUCGCAUGGGCGUUGCCUGA